UUUAAAUUUUUCAGGAUGCGAGUUACCAUUGAAGAUGGCAGACAGCUUGUUGGAAAGUUCAUGGCUUUUGACAAGCACAUGAAUAUUGUGUUGGGAGAUUGCGAUGAAUUCAGGAGGCUCAGCGUGAAAGGUGGCAAGGGAGAAGAGAGAGAAGAGAAACGUUCUUUGGGACUCGUAAUCUUGCGAGGAGAGAGCGUGGUUUCCCUCACUGUAGAAAGCAAACCU